AUGGAGACCGCGAAGUUGAUUACGUUAGUACGCGAAAGAUGUUUCUUAUAUGAUGUGAAGAACAAUGAUUAUAAAAACCGAGCGAAAGUAGCAGAAGCAUGGUUAGAAAUUGCCAGAGAAAUGGGGACCGAAAAUGGUAAAAAAUGGUCUAACAAAUGGAAAAGUUUGAGAGACAACUACAAGAAAUUCAAAAAGUCAACAGAAACUGCUUCAGGGUCUGCAUACAAAAAAUAUAAAAAUUGGCCUUGGGCAGAACAGCUGCGAUUUCUAGAUGACACUGUUACACUAAAAGAAACUCAUAGUAACAUUAACAGUGAAAAUAAUAACAGUACUUCACUUGUUUCUAACUCUGACAACCAAACUCGUCCAGAAAAACCUAUGUUACAAGAUGAUAAUAGCCCACAAGGUUUAGUUGAAUUUUCAUCACAUGAAAUGGAUGAACUAUUAGAUAAUGCACAACAUGUUAUGUCAAAUGAAGCACGUCAAGUCCAGAGUGUAUUUGAACUGUGGCAAUUGAACUUAGGCAAAAUUAUGAACCAACCGCUGAUAUAA